GAAACAAAACCAAAUGUGACAAACAACAUGUUAUUAAUCAUCUCAUUCUCAACCUCUUUGUUACAUAGGUCUUCAAUUUGUUAGUGAUAAACUCCUUUUAAUCUAUCCUAAAAAACCUACCCUUUUUCUCCACCUCUCAUGGAAAACAAAGAAACCUCAAAACUUGUACACCAAACUGAAAAUCAAAACAACCAGAACAUUAUUUCUUUGAUGCCUAACAAAACAGAUAAAUCCUAUGAGACAAGAGAAGAAAAGAAGAUUCCAAAAAUAUCAAACAACAAAAAGUAUCUAGGAGUAAGACAAAGACCUUCAGGUAGAUGGAUAGCUGAGAUCAAAGACUCAUCACAGAAACUAAGACUAUGGUUAGGAACUUUUGACAGAGCAGAAGAUGCUGCUCUGGCUUAUGAUUCUGCUGCAAAGCUUCUUAGAGGAAGAAAUGCAAAAACAAAUUUUCAAAACAACAAGGGAAUCAUGAACACUAAUCAGGAAGAAGAAUACUUCAGAAUUUUAGGGAAGAAUCCAAGAGCUUAUCAACUUCUUAAGCAUGCAGUGAUGAAGAACCAUGCAGUUAAUGAUGAGAUUAUGAUGAGAGACCAAGUUGUUGAGGAAACAAUAGUUUGUUCCAUUCCUGAUAUUGAAGGUUCUGCAGGGUGUAGUGGAAUUUCAUUUGGAAGUUCUAAGGUUUAUUCUUCUGUUUUUGUUGCUCCUUCUUUUAGUGCUUCUCAUUGUUAAUUAAUUAAGUACUAACCCCUUAAACAAUUAAUUAGUAUGUCUUAAUAAAAUUUCACUUUUCUUUAUUUUAAAUCUAA